AGCGGUUGCGCCAACUCGGACUCGGACGGCUUCCCUCGGCAGUGAGCGGGCGCUGGGCUCCGAGGGGCAGCGGAGCAGCAGGAGGGUCCAAUGGCACCGAGUUCCCCAACCAGCUCUCCCAAGCAGAGGGACCCCAAGAAGUUUCCAGAUGGCAACGGCACAGCUCAAGGGGCUUGGGGCCGAGCCUGGGAGGUGGACUGGUUCUCCUUGGCGAGCGUCGUCUUCCUGCUGCUGUUCGCCCCCCUCAUCGUUUACUACUUCAUCAUGUCCUGCGACCAGUACAGCUGCUCGCUCACGGCGCCCGUGCUGGAGGUCGUGACGGGCAGGUCCAGCCUCUCGGAGAUCUGGGCCCGGACGCCGGGGGUGACGGCCAGAGCGGCACAGAUCUACGUCGUCUGGGUCGCUUUUCAGGUGGUUUUAUACAUGAUGGUUCCUGAUUUUUGCCACAAAUUUUUGCCCUUCUACGUGGGAGGCGUUCAAGAAGGGGCCGUCACCCCUGCAGGAACCGUGAACAAGUAUGAGAUCAAUGGCCUUCAGGCCUGGAUCAUCACCCACCUGCUGUGGUUUGCAAAUGCUCAGUUUUUCCACUGGUUCUCACCCACGAUCAUCUUCGACAACUGGAUCCCGCUCCUGUGGUGCGCCAACAUUCUGGGCUACGCCGUGUCCACCUUCGCCAUCGUCAAAGGGUACUUCUUCCCCACCAAUGCCCGAGACUGCAAGUUCACAGGCAACUUCUUCUACAACUACAUGAUGGGUGUGGAGUUCAACCCGAGGAUAGGGAAGUGGUUCGACUUCAAGCUCUUCUUCAAUGGCCGCCCCGGGAUCGUCGCCUGGACGCUCAUCAAUCUGUCCUUCGCCGCCAAGCAGCAAGAGCUGCACGGCUCGGUGACCAACGCCAUGGUCCUGGUCAACGUCCUGCAGGCUCUCUACGUGGUGGACUUUUUCUGGAAUGAAGCCUGGUACCUGAAAACCAUCGACAUCUGCCACGACCACUUCGGCUGGUACCUGGGCUGGGGGGACUGCGUCUGGCUGCCUUACCUCUACACCCUGCAGGGCCUGUACCUGGUCUAUCACCCCGUGCAGCUCUCGGCACUGCACGCGCUGGGCGUCCUACUGCUGGGCCUGGGCGGCUACUACAUCUUCCGGGCGGCCAACCACCAGAAGGACCUCUUCCGCAAGACCAACGGCCACUGCACGGUGUGGGGCCGCAAGCCGCGCUACAUCGAGUGCUCGUACACCUCGUCCGACGGGCGCCGGCACCGCAGCCGCCUCAUGGUCUCGGGCUUCUGGGGGCUGGCGCGACACCUCAACUACACGGGCGACCUCAUGGGCAGCCUGGCCUACUGCCUGGCCUGUGGCUUCUCGCACCUGCUGCCCUACUUCUACAUCAUCUACAUGUGCGUCCUGCUGGUGCACCGCUGCCUGCGCGACGAGGACCGCUGCUCCCGCAAGUACGGCCGCGACUGGGAGCGCUACACGGCGGCCGUGCCCCGGCGCCUGCUGCCCGGCCUCUUCUAGCGGGGGCCCGAGGGGGGCCACGGGGGCGGGGCUGCGGCCGGCUCGGGGCUCCCCACAGUGUUGGAGAAACUCUUUGCGGACCCGGUGGCCACGAGAAUCCUGAGUGGGAACAUACUGCUCCUGGGCCUUCCCGCCCGCGCCCCUCAGGCCACCUGCUCCGUCAGAAGACGGCUCUUCCUCGGGGGGCUCGGCCUCCAUGGCUGAAUCUCGCACAACGUCCUGGGUCUGAAUGUAACCUUGUUUCCUCAGCAAAUCCAAGAGUCGUUCUCACCCCCCUCCCUUCCCCCCCUUUCUUGACUGGAAUGUGAGACUUUACUCUGCACGGGGCCGAGGGCCGCCCUCCGGGAGCUCCCAGGCGGGGGGGAAGGGGCCGGGGGGCUGCAGUCGCUCAGGCGGGGGUCGUGGGCCGCGGCCGGAGGCUGACCACAGAGGUGUCCCGGGCGGAGGGCGCCGGCGGGAGGGUCAGGGACAUGGCGGCAGGCACUCGCGUGGCAGAGGCUGGGGCCGGGAGCAGCGGGGAGGCCAGAGCAGGGGCUGCGGAGCACCUGGGGACAUGAGGUCCCACCAGCAUGGAAAGGCAGGCAGGGGCUGGUGAUGCUGGGGUUAGACUGGAUUGGGGGAGGGGGCUCGGGGUCAUGGUCAGGUGAGGGCAGGGAUCCUGGCCAAUCAGAGAAGGGUGUGAGUAGAAGGCCCCCAGUGGGUUGGGAGGGCCGAGAGGCAGGUCUGGGGGAAGUGAAUGAGAUGUGCAUUUGGGAGGUUGAGAGGUGAGGGCUGGCCGGAUGCUGUCUGCUUGGAGGCAGCUGGGGAAGGGACGAGCUCUGGCCAGCGGGUUCAGGUCAGAGCCAUUGAGGCAGAACGCCAGGGCCCCAAGGCCGGGAUGAUGGGGGGGGGUCUGGGGCGGUCUCUGUCAUGGACCGGCUGGGAAGCUAGGGAGAGGGUUAAGCUCUCAGCAGAGCUGCUCUCGUGGGAGCUGCCCCUGCCUCUGGAGAGGCUUCCCACACCAACUGAAAUUGUAGGUAUAGACCCCAAAAAGUUCUCCCCCUCAUGCCUCACCCGCAAGGCCCUCAGCCACUGGGCAUCUUGGGAGCAAAGGUGUCCGGAGGGGAAGCACAUAGGCCAGGGCCUGCUCUUCCCCUCCCCCCCCCAGAAGUCCUCACAUUUGCCAGCCAUUGGGGGGGGGGGUGAGGAGGAUCCUGGACAAAAUCAACCAGAGCCCCAGGGCUCAAUGGACUGGGCCAAGAUGCUGGAGGUCCUCCCCCUUUGGGCAGCCCCUACCCUGUUUGCAGGCUUUGUCCCAGCACCAAGCACAGUGCCUUUGUAUACAGUGGCAUCCAAUAAAUGCUUGUUGCUAACACUGAUUCUUGGGAAGUGGACUCCCCUCUCUCUGCCCCUUAGAUCCAUUAUUCUCGGUUCUGCUCCAAGUCCUUCCUCCUCUCCCCAUGACUGUCUUCUCUGCCUCAGCCCUUCCCAUCUUGAGCUGUAACAAGGGUGGAGCAGACGGGACUUUGUUCCAGGUGCCAGCCUCCUGGGGGCCGUUCCUUUCCUCGAGGGGGGCCGUGCCAAAGCCUUCCUGCCCAUCUGGGGGGGGGGGGGGGGGGGGGGAACUGUGCUGCCCCCCCAGCUCUGGGCUUCUGUAAGCACCUUCCAGGGCUCUUUGUUGCUCCCUGAGUUUCCUCCAAAGGUGCCUUUGAAUCCUUCUGGCUGCCGAGAAUUUUCUAAUCUUUGUACCCAGCCCUGGGCUCUGCACACAGCAGGUGCUCAAUAAAGAUUUGUUGUGUAA